AUGUGCUGCUCUCCUUGCUGCCAGCCGAGCUGCUGUGGCUCCAGCUGUUGUGGAUCCAGCUGCUGCUGCCGCCCAUGCUGUGUCUCCAGCUGUUGCCAGCCUUGCUGCCGCCCAUGCUGUGUGUCCAGCUGCUGCCAAUCUUGCUCUAGCCCAUGCUGUGUGUCCAGCUGCUGCCAGCCUUGCUGCAGCCCAUGCAGUGGAUCCAGCUGCUGCCAGCCUUGCUGCCGCCCAUGCUGUGGAUCCAGCUGCUGCCAGCCUUGCUGUAGCCCAUGCUGUGUGACCAGCUGCUGCCAGCCUUGCUGCAGCCCAUGCUGUGGAUCCAGCUGCUGCCAGCCUUGCUGCCGCCCAUGCUGUGGAUCCAGCUGCUGCCAGCCUUGCUGCUGUCCAAAAUGGUGUCAGACCACCUGCUGUAAAACCACCUGCUGCCGGCCUACCUGCUGCUGCCGCCCUUGCUGUGUGUCCAGCUGUUGUCAGCCUUCCUGCUGCUGA